GGUGGGGCAGCUCGCGGCGUUUUGGGGGGCGCUCGUAGCCGAGGUGAUCCUGACCACAAGGAGUGCGCGCCUGGGGCAGACAUCCUCGAGACCGCUCGUGCUGAGGGCGGCUGGGGCGAGCGCCGACGUCCAACCUGAGGAGGCCAGAAGAGGAUGUUGGAUCCCCUGAAACUGGAGUUUAUGGGUGCUGAUAAUCAAACUCAGGUUCUCUACAAGAGCAAGAAGUGCUCUUAAUCACUGGGCCAUCUCUCCAGGUCUCCGUUGUGGGUGGUUUUAACUUCCUUAUUCCGGGCCUUUCCUUGGUACCAGAAUUCCUUACCACAUUUUUUUCCCCUUACCAGGCAUACUUUGUCAGCACUCAGCUCUCCUUUGGCAGGAAAACUAAGAAAGGAAAUGGCUGUGGAUUUGCUGGCUGCUCGAGGGACAGAGACUGUGACAUUCAGGGAUGUGGCCGUGUUCUUCAGCCAGGAUGAGUGGUUGCAUCUGGACUCUGCACAGAGAACCUUGUACCGGGAGGUGAUGCUGGAGAACUACAGCAACCUGGCCUCCCUGGGGAUUCAGCUUUCAAUACCUUGGGUGAUUGGCAAACUGCAGAAAGGACAAGAUCCCUGCAUGGCCAAAAAAGAUCGCAAAGACACCUGCCGAGGUUUCCAGAUUUGGCCAGAGUUAGAAACAUUGCUUCCCAAACAAGAUAUUUUUAUUGAAGAAGCAUCUCAUGGGCUAGUAAACCAUGAAUCCACUGAGGGUGCUCACUGGAAAACCAACUUUGGAAAAGUUGUGAAAUCUGAGAACCUAACAACACAGGAGCAAGAAAAGAAAGUUCAUGAGCAGGGGGCAGCAUCACCCAAGGAAACUGUCAGUGAAGAUGGAAAUCCCACAGACCCUGAGCUGGAGAAACCCUUGCUUACAGAUAAAGCACUUGUCUCACAAGAGAGUGGUCCCCUAGAAAGGGAACCUGAUAUGUAUCACACUCUGGAGAAGGAUUUACCACAGGAUUUUGAUUUAAUGAGAAGCUUCCAGGUUUACCCAGGACAAAAACCUUAUGCCUGCAAUGAAUGUGGGAAGAGGUUUACCCAAAGUCUUCAUCUUCUUGAGCAUAAGAGGCUUCACACUGGGGAGAAACCUUACAAGUGUAGUGAGUGUGGGAAAAACUUCAGCCAUAGAUCUUCCCUCCUGGCUCACCAGCGAACCCACACUGGAGAGAAGCCAUACAAGUGUAGUGAGUGUGAGAAAGCAUUUGGCAGCAGUUCCACACUCAUUAAACACUUGAGGGUGCACACCGGAGAGAAACCUUACCGUUGCCGGGAAUGUGGGAAGGCUUUCAGCCAGUGUUCAACCCUCACUGUGCACCAGAGGAUUCACACCGGGGAGAAGCUCUACAAAUGUGCCGAGUGUGACAAGGCCUUUAAUUGCAGAGCAAAGCUUCACAGACAUCAGAGAAUCCACACAGGGGAGAAACCCUAUAAAUGUUCUGAGUGCGGGAAAGGCUACAGUCAGUUCCCAUCCCUAGCUGAACAUCAGAGACUCCAUACUGGAGAAGAGCUUUGCCAGUGCUUACAGUGUGGGAGAACCUUUACACGUGUCUCCACCCUUAUUGAACAUCAGAGAAUUCAUACUGGACAGAAACCAUAUCAGUGCAAUGAAUGUGGGAAGACCUUCAACCAGUAUUCAUCCUUCAAUGAGCAUCGCAAGAUCCAUACUGGGGAGAAGCUGUACACAUGUGAAGAAUGUGGGAAAGCCUUUGGCUGUAAAUCCAACCUUUAUCGACAUCAGAGGAUCCAUACUGGAGAGAAGCCCUAUCAGUGUAAUCAGUGUGGAAAGGCCUUCAGCCAGUAUUCGUUCCUCACUGAACACGAGCGGAUCCAUACUGGAGAGAAGCUCUACAAGUGUAUGGAAUGUGGGAAAGCCUACAGCUAUAGGUCAAACCUCUGUAGACACAAAAAAGUCCACCUGAAGGAAAGGCUCUACAAAUGGAAGGAAUACGGGACACCUUUCAUCUAUGGCUCGUCCCUCACUCCAUAUCAGAAAUUUCUGAGAGGAGACAAGCCUGAGAACUUUAAUUCAUCCCUCUAAUCCAAGACAGCAACCAGAAGAGUAGUAACUAGAGUACAAAUCAAAAUGGAUUUCAUCUUUUUUACUUCUACAACAAAUAGUUACUUCUAAGUCAUGGACAGUUGAACAGUAAAAAUACAAAGGAUGCUGAUGUCAACCAUUUAAGAACUACUACAAAAAGAUUUUUUAAAUCUGUCAUUUUUUUUAAAUUCUUACAAGAAGUUUGAAAGGCCUCAUUUAAAAAAGACACAUGAGUAAGUUGCUUUAUGUAUAAGCAUUGUUCAUGGGAUAGUCAUCUCUUUUUAAGAACUUCCAUGUAUGAAUUUUCUUUUCAAGAUAGUCUCUGAAAUAGUUGGUAAUGUGAAGAAUUACGGGGCCUCAGUCCCUAAAGUGGUGAGCUGGGAUAGGGAGACCUCCUUUUCAUAAAGAACCACUAUGGAAGAAAAGAAUAAUUGUUGUGUAUCAACAAGGAAGCUUUUAUGAAGUGCCCCUUAUACGACAUAUGUGUGUAUAUGUAUGUAUGCAUAUAUAUUCAUAUAUACACACACACAUGACUUUUAUGUAUAUAUGGUCAUGUCACUUAACUGGGGAUACAGUUUGAAAGUGCUUCAUAGGCAGUUUCAUGUUUAUAGGAACAUCAUUGCACUCGCACAACCCUGGAUGGUCUGGGUCAGCCAAUCACUCUUAAGGUGAUAAACAUACCAUACUUUUAAGAGAUUUUUUUUUGAGAUUAUAAUUUAAUUACAAUGUUUCUCCUUUCCCUUUCUCCCUCCAAACCCCUUAAUUUCUCCCUAUUCUCCUUCAAAUUUAUGGCCUUUUUUUUUUACUAAUUGUUAUGCAUGCAUGUAUCCAUACUUUUUAUAGUAAUUUUCUAUUGGUUUGCUUGUUUAUUUUAGAUAGGGUCUCACUAUGUAGCCUAGGAUGGCCUUGAGCUCAUUAUGUAGCCCAGAUGGGCUUUGAAUUUGCAGUUUUACUGCCUCAUCCUCCCACAUCCUGGGAUUACAGUUAUGAGCCAUCAUGCUUAGUAUAAAUGUUGUUAGUAGGAUGUGUAUAAAAGUAUAGUAUAGCAAAUGAGUAAACUAGUAAUGCAGUUUGUCACCUUAAUCAUGUGUCAUGUAUUGUACAUAGUUGUAUGUGCUGCAAUGUUAUCUGGCUGCCAGCACAGCGGGUUUGUUUGCACAAGUGAGUAUUGCAUUGUGCCUAAGGUGUUAUAAUGGUUAUAAGGUCAUGGCAGCUCUGAUGUCAUUAGGCAAGUGGGAAUUUUCCAGGCCAGUUAUAGUCUGAUGAGACCACUGUGAUAUAUGUUGUCUAUCAUUGACCAAAGCAUCAUCAGAGGCAAAUGGCCACAUGUAUAUACUCACAUAUACAUGUGUUCAUGUGUAUGCUAAUGUAUAUACAUAUACACGCAAAGAGUUUAGGACUUUUUUUUUCUCCGUAGUCCAUAAUGAUUAAAAAUACUCAAUUUACUAAUUUAGAAUUUUACUUUUUCAAAUUAAAUGUUUCUCCCAAGGGGAACUUUCUUUUGCUCUCCUGUAUUUAUAGUGGAUCUGGUUCUAUAUAGCUGAAUAGAGGCUUAGUACUGUAGAAGUUGGCCUGAGCAGACACAGGCGAGAAGACUGUCAUCCAAACAGUAUGUUAUGUGUUGUAGAGGCCAAUGUUGACAGAGUUUCUUGCUAUGAAUCUGUUAGCACUUUAGGACCAGGAGGGAUUUUAAUUUAUAGCCUUUCAAGAACCGAGGUCUUCAGCUCUGAUAAUCUAUGAUAGUUACAGGUUCAUUUCUAUCCUCAAGGCUCAAGAAGACUGUUUUGUAACCUGUUCAAAUGUUACUGCUAGUGAUGUAAUCAUUUAUCUUUAGAGUUUCCUCCUUUGGUCUUGGUAGUGGAGUCGAGAACAUACCUCCUUUUCUUCUGUCUCUGAUUAUACCUGCUUCUAUAAUAACUACUUAAAUUCUGAAAGCAAACGAAGGUCCAGAUGGAGGUAUUGCUUUGGUAUGCUUCUAUGUAAGGCUGUCUUUUUAUUAUAUAGCUUCUAAUACUUUUUCUUUGUAGUGCUGACGACUGAAUCCAGGGCCUUAUACAUACUCAGAAGGUGCUCUACCACUGAGCUAUAUCUCCAGCCCUUAGGAUUUAAGUAUAAAGUUAUAGAUGAAUAUUUUAUGUUAAACUAUCUACUCAUCACUUUUAAUAUUUUAUAUCUCCCCUAGUCCUAGUUCCUUACUGCAUUGGUUUGUCAUUUUAGAAAUUGCCUAAGAGCAUUAAUUAGACCCUCUGUCUGAGGAAAGAAUUAGAAUGAAGCAGGCAUUCAGCACAUGUUUCUUGAUUGACUUCUUUUGGCUCAUCAGAGUAGUUUUAUGUUUUUAAGUGUGUUUGUAAGAAAAAUAAGGCUCCAGAUGAACCUUGGAAUUUCUUCCGUCCCUAGUACCAUGAGCAUGCUCACUGCCCACUUUUUGUUUUGCAAAUGCCAUUCACCAUCAAAAGGAUUCAAGACUCCUUGAAGAAAUGGCUGGUUGCAUGUUUGGUACAGGGGGAAUAUAAAUGCACCUACAGUAUAUCCUUAUGAUAAAGCAUCAUUUUAGAAUUACUGACUUGAAGAUGCAUCCUUUGGUCAAACUUAGGAUGCUUCAUAUAUCAAAAAAAAAAAAAACAACCAAACAAACAGAAUUGGAUGUAAUAUUUUCAAAAGGCUAUGGGAAAAAACUUCAUAAAAUUACUUGAGGAAAGCUAUUUUUUAACUAUAUACAAAACCAAUAAGCUUAGAAAAAUCAUUUAACAACUGUUAUUGUCAUUAAAUCUGGCAAAAAAAAGAUUGAUUGUAAAAUCUACCUAAUGCAUUAAAAAAAUUUAAGGAACAUUGCGUAACCGCAAAAGAAGACAGCUAUGCAGAUCCUUCAUUGAGCUAUGCAGAAGAAGCACCUGCUUUCAUAUUGAGCUCUGGCAGGCAGAGUUCCCCUUCAGGUGAGCAGCAACCAUUGUGGCUUCUGCCAAGGCUGUAGAAGCACACUAUUAUUUGUGAUACACUGCCAAAACCAGUUAGCAGAAAUCUACAGAAAUCUCUUUUUCUACACUUACCUUCCUGUUUACAGAGAAUUGAGAGUAACAAGUUAGAGUAUACAGUCAUAGACAGAAGUAGGGUUUGAGACAUUGGAAAUGACCAUGGAGCUGCUCUUUUCAAAUAGCCAGUGUGUUAGAACAAAAGUGGGCUUUUUCCUCCAAGGCACCCAAGACAGCCACAUACAAAGUGUGAUCCUUUAUUGAGAAGUGUAGUCAGGAAAAAAACUGUAAAAAGACAUUUGGGGGAUGUUUAGGAAAAUACAAAGGUGAGAAUAGGUAUUAGAUAAUGUAUGCUUAUUUUUCUUAGAAUAGGAAAGAUUUUGAGUUUAUAUUUCCCUAUCAUGCAUGCAAAAGUUUUAAGUUGACAAGUCAUCCUGUCUGCAGGAUAUUUUAAAUUGAAACUGUAGAAUUGAUCAAUGAUUGUUGAAUCUCCGUGGUAGAUAUAGAGUUUCUUAUUGGUCACCCUUUAAACUUGUCUGUAUGUGUGCUUAAAUUUAAUAAAAAUUGAGGCAAAAAAAUGAUUUAU